UUCAUUCUGUUAAUAUCUGUAUUGUGUGUCAAGGCGCUCAUUAUUAUUAAUUAGACUAAUUAGUUAUCGGUCUGUGAUUUGCUGUUUUUGUCUGAAUACGGUAAGUUGACGAUGAUGAUAAUAAUACUACUAAUAACAAUGUAAUUAAUAGAAUUCUGUGAACUUCUCGGUGUCACGGUAAUUAUUUCGAAGCGGAAACAUAAAAACUUUAGGAAAAUAUAUUUCCUCGUCUUAAAUAAUAACUUCCAAACUGAAAUGUUGGUUUGUUGUUUCUGAAAACCUAUGAUCGACUGUUCACGAACGAAAUGCUGUUAAGCAAAUUCUGGAUGGCAUCAACUCACUACUCUGGUCAUGUUAUGCCCACUAUAUUUUCGUUUUGGCUAGCUCCAUUCCCAUUAGCUUCUAACACCUUCCAACUCAAUCUACUUAUGCAAGCAUGGACAGUAAAUGCAUGACAAUGGUAGUGAUAUAAAAUCUGCAAUGUUGAAUUACUUAUGUUGGUCAACUAUCCAGUUUUAUCUUACUGCUUCUUUUCCUAUUUCAGAAUAUCACAACAUGUUGACAUGAAGGAAAUCUCUACAUUCAGAAGUGUCUUUGAUAUUCUCAUCACCUAAAGGAAAACAGUAUAUUUAUACGGAGCAUUCAUGAAUAAGUCUACCUCUGUAUAUAAAUACAGUCUAUAACAAGGAACAGCGGAAUAUUUUUCUUUCUCUGGAAUGUGGAGGAGGUGAUUGCUUUCCUGGUGAAUUAAAGUUGGAUAAAUUUACAAAGGAGUUGACAAUUUCCAUCUGCUGUUUUAGAUAUCGAGUAAGAUCGUGGAUGGAAGAAAGAUUGCAUUAAAUAAUUCUCUGCAUGAAGUGACACGACGGAACAAAAACAUAUUCAUAGAAAGGAAAAACACAUUAUCUUUGUGAUAUGUAUGAUAAGUAAUUCUCUCAUAAUGAAUAAUUUAAGUAAACCAGAAAUCCCCAACACAGAGGAUAAGGUAUAUAAUUGUAAUAUCUGUGGUAAAUCCUUCCUUCAGUAUCGUUACUUAACUUAUCACCAACGUACACAUACAGGAGAGAAGCCAUAUCACUGUGAUAUCUGUGGUAAAUCAUUCUCUUAUAAUUGUCAUUUGGUUACUCACAAACGCGUUCACACGGGAGAGAGACCCUAUUAUUGUGAUAUCUGUGGUAAAUCAUUCUGUGAACGUACAGUUUUGACGAAACAUAAGAAGAUUCAUACUGGUGAAAAACCAUAUCAGUGUGAUAUCUGUGGUAAAUCAUACUCUCGUAAUAGUCAAUUGGUUAAUCACAAUCGCAUUCAUACAGGAGAGAAACCAUAUCAUUGCGAUAUCUGUGGUAAAUCAUUCUCUCGAAGUAAUCACUUGACUAGCCACAGACUUACACAUACAGGAGAGAAGCCAUAUCAUUGCGAUAUCUGUGGUAAAUCUUUCUCUCAAAGUCAUCAAUUGACUAAUCACAAGCGUACAAACCUGUCAAAGUGACGUUCCUUCAAUACUACCUUCCUCCCUGCCAGUUUUGAGCUAUUUUGUCUUGCAAGGUCCUUGGGGACCAUGUCGGUUUGUAAAAUGGUUGACAUUAGGAAAUGCAUUCUGCUGUAGAAAAGCCAAAUCAGACAAGGGAAACUGGUGCAGCUCAUGGCUUUGUCAGCUCUGGUUGAAGCAUCCAACAUAUGCCUGAAUAGAAAACAAACAUUAAACGAUGUAGGAAGUAUUCUUAGCAAGGUGAAGCGCUUGUCCUUUGACAUGCACAACAGCAACUAACAUUUUUCUCCUCUUAUUCUCCUCCAAAGUAUUGUGAACAAAUAUGCAAAUAUUUGUUGCGUCUGUUAUUUUAUAAUGAAUACAUGCAAUGUGUCAAAUCACUGGCAGAAACUUCAGCACACCAGGCAAAAUUGUUUUUGGUAUUUCGUCUGUCUUUCCAUUCUGUGUUGAAAUUUUGCUGAGGUCGACUUUCACUUCCAUUCUUUAAGGAUUGAUGAAUUAAGUACCAGUUGCCUAAUGCUGUCAACCUAAUCAAUUUCGAAUCUUGUGCCAUGAGUA